CAUUGUUGGUCUUUUUCUUUCUUAAUCCUUACUAUAACCUCCUUCGGUCCUUCCUGCGAUUCUCAUCCAUGGCUUCGGAGAAAGGUCGGCCAUUGCCUAAAUUCGGUGAGUGGGAUGUGAACAAUCCUGCCUCAGCCGAAGGGUUUACUGUCAUAUUCAAUAAGGCUAGGGAUGAGAAGAAGACUAACAAUUCUGCAAAGAAAAUAGUAACCCCAAGUGGAUCUGAUCUUGUGUUCCAGAACAAGGAAAAUUAUCCUCAAUAUCCUCGAAAGAGCAAGUGGUUUUGCUGCGGUUGACUGUAUAGUAAUUUGAGUGCCUAGAGGACAUGAAAUAUGGC